AUGAUUGCUGCACUUCCAGCAACUGAGCCCAGAAUCCUCAAAAAGUCAAUCACUCCAAAUUUCUUCUUUCCUGGGAGUUCGAAACCAGGUAUUUCGCUUGCAUGUAAACACUCUCCUGAUCUGCAAUUCAAUGUGAUGUAUGGAUCUCCGAAAACGUUUGUAAUUAGAUCGUUCAUGCUAGGUUCAGAAAACUUGCAGUCUCUAUCAGCGACGUUGCACGAGAAAUCACCAGGUCCAGCUAUGGUCUCCGAACCAUUGGAAUCUCUGACGGGCCGAUUGUUCCCAUCUGCAAGACUUCCACAGACAGGCUCAGAGCAGUCUUCACCUCCAAAUCCUUGGAGACAUUCACACCUACCCGAGAAUGGAUUGCAAGUGGAAAAUUGCUUGCAUUCGAAAUUGGGCAGAUUACAGUUGAAGCAUGGAGGGCAUUUAUCAUCUUUAUCUUUGGAUACCUCAGAGUACUGGUCUGAUGACGAAAACAGGUUUGAAUUACCAAUCUGGGGUGACGAAUCUCCCUUUGAAUAA